CAAUAUCUUGUAGGUGUGACUUUCAUUGGUAUUUAAUACCAUUGAGAAGAUCAGGUGACAGAUCAUAUGACAGAGAAUAUCUAAGGCAAACUGUUUAAGUAGACAAUAAAACUAUGAAACAAAGAAGAGUGUGUGAAUUGUAGAUUGUACUGAGUUGCUAUCGGUUGAACAAUGAGGUGUCCUGUGUGUGACAGAGAAGUUUACUUUGCCGAACGUGUCAGCUCACUUGGUCUAGACUGGCAUCGUCAGUGCUUGAAGUGUGAUAGAUGCAACAAAACACUCGCUCCAGGCUCCCAUUGUUUACGUGAUGGCAAAAUUUACUGCAAUGAACCCUGCUACAAGCUGUUGUAUGGACCAAGAGUGAUAUAUUUCGGUGUAUUGAGAACUAGCAAGGACUUGCAGUUACUUACCUCUACCGAAAUUCAGUUUGGUCAGUUCACGUAUGUCAGGUGAAUCAUGUCGGUCACAAAUGUUCAUGGAGGAAAUAGAAGUCGCCAAUUGGUGCUUUCAAGGUCAUUUGUUUCUCCGGUACUUACUGGUGCUCAAAGUGUUACUUCGCCCAACGUCACAAAUCUGUCAAGCGACUUUUACGCUCUGUGUUUCAUUUCACACAAAAACGAUGGUACAUUGCCUCUCUUCUUUAGUGCUUCUCUGCAUCAUUUAUAUUUAUCAAAAAAGAGAGAAAACUGAUCUAGGAUUAUUGUAUAGCUUUGACUGAAGAAGAAAUGAUACUUCAGAAAGGAACAAUCAGUCAAUCGAACCUCUGUUCAUCGAAUCCAAUCUUAACGAGUGCAAUAAGAAUGACACAAUGCCUAUACCAGAGAUGUGAAAAUUACUACUACCAAUAAAAUCAAAGGAUAGAAAAUAAUGGAACUGUAUAAAAAAAUGUGGAAGUAAUAUGACUGCCU